GUGGUUAUACACGUGUGUAACAGCAAGUAGCACAAGCUAGCUAACGGCUAACGUCAUAAGGACGAAGAUAGGCGCAGCUGUGCGAGAGGAGGGAGGGACACCACAGAAGAAGACGCUGUCGAGCCUUCGAUUCACCUUCAGCUGCACCCACACGAAGAAGUAGUUUGUCCUGUGAAGGGUGGGGUGAUGUGAAAGCUCUGUGUUCAUCUCUGGUCUGCUGAUUUUUAUUUAUUUUCCAAUGCAUUGUGCCGACAUCACUUCUCUACACUUUUUGGGAGGAUGGAGUGGUUGCAGUGGGCUAGCAAGUCCUGAUUUAUUUUGUUUAUUUGUGUGUCAUUAACAUGGGUUUAAUGCAAAUGAAGUAACGGAAUGGGAAGAUGAGAACCUAAUGAAGAAGAAAGCUUUGAGCACAAACUGGACUCUGUCAGAGUGGAAACCCCAACUUGGAUCCUACAUGCCUUUUAAACACACUGCAUCCUGUUGAAGACCCUCUCCCCAUUCUUUAACCACUUUUUUUUUACGCUCAUGUAACCGUCUCAGUCUUCUAGUACGAGUACAGAAGCUAGUUGGCCCCGUUUUUGUUUUUAUUUUUUACUUUCACCUUUUGUUCCUUUGUAAAGAAAUGCUUUACCUGAAAAAAUACUUCACAGAGGGCCUGAUUCAGUUCACCAUCCUUCUGAGUCUCAUUGGGGUGCGGGUGGAUGUUGACACCUAUCUAAGCAAUCAGCUGCCCCCACUGAGAGAGAUCAUCCUGGGCCCUAGCUCAGCCUACACCCAGACACAGUUUCACAACCUGCGCAACACCCUGGACGGCAAUGGCAUCCAUCCAAAGAGCGUGGACCUGGACCAAUUCUUUACCGCUCGGCGACUGCUGAACCAGGUGCGCCAACUGGAUCGCCUCUCUGUGCCCUGUACGGAGCUCAACACCUGGCUGGUGCAUCGCGACUCUGAGACUGUGGUGUCCACCAGCAGCCAGUCCAGCCCCAGCAUCACCCUGGACAAUGGGGGCGGCCUAGAGGACGUCAACAACUCUGACGCCACCCCGGCCAUGAGGGGAGGAAGCGGAGCACCUGAAUCCACGUACAACCUGAACGCAGCGGACAACAGCCUGGGAGCUGUGGCCCCCGAGGGAAACCAGGAUCAGGGCAGCAGGGACGGCAAUGACGACCUCACCAAAGAGGACAUUGACUUGAUCGACAUCCUGUGGAGACAGGACAUCGACCUCGGAGCAGGAAGAGAAGUGUUCAACUACAGCAACCGUCAGAAGGAGAGCGAGGAGGAGAAGCCCAACCCGCACAAGAACAAAGACGGGAAUGAGGAGCAAGAGAGCUGGAGAAAUGGAGUGAACUUGCAAGAUGCUCAGCCGGUGGACGGGGAGACCGGAGAGAGUAUUCCAGAGCAGCUCCCAGGUCUUGGCUCGCAGACUUCGCUGUCUCUACAAGAAUGCUUGAGGCUUUUGGAGGCCACUUUCCCUUUUGGAGAAGAAUCUGAGUUUCCAGCCCCGGUUGUCGCCCCAGAAAUCGUUUCCAAUGAAGAAGUUCCUUCCACGUCUCAGGGUCUUCCUCUGGCACCACAGCUGCCCCCCGCGGAGCCUCAGUUAGACCUGGAGCAGCAGUGGCAAGACAUCAUGGCCAUCAUGGAGCUACAAGCAAUGGAAGUGAACAACUCUUCGCCACACAGCAACUCCAGCAGUGACAGUGGAACGAGUGGGACGACGGAGUCGAGCGCCGCGGGAAACUUUGGACUCUCUAAUGCCUCGACACCCGUGACCCAGGACGUCAGCCUCCACCAGGCCUCCCUCCCCAGCUGCAGCCAGGACUUCCCCCAGGUGUUCAAUCCCCAGUUGGACUCUACUAGCAUCACCCCGAGAACCACCAUGCUCAGACCUUCCUCCAGCAACUCCAGCAACAUCAACUCCACGUUCGGAGCCACUAACCUGACGGGCAUCUUUCUCCCGCCACACAUUAACAGCUCCAGUACCAACAUCACGUCCACGCCCAUCCUGCCCGAUCCAUUCAGCAACCUGCUGGAGGAGUCCAUGCUCGACGAGAUCAGCCUGCUGGACCUCGCCAUGGAGGAGGGCUUCAGCCAGGCCCAGGCAUCGCAGCUGGAGGACGAGCUCGACUCCGACUCCGGUCUUUCCCUGGACUCCAGCCACAGCCCGGCCUCCCCGAGCAGCUCCGAGACGUCCUGCUCCUCGGCGGCGUCUUCGUCCUCGACGUCGGCCACCUUCUCUGAGGAGGGAGCUGUGGGGUACAGCACCGACUCGGAGGUCGCUACCGUGGAGACGGAGGAAGGUGCUGUUGGUGGUUACCAGCCUGGGUUCAGUAAGCUCUGCCGUAUGAGCUACCAGGACCCCUCCCAGUUCCACGGCCUCCCUCAGCUCGGCGGCAUCGACCACAAUCACACGUACAACCUGCCGCUUUCCUCCGCGUUCGCCGAGCAUCCAGAGCUCCCCCUUUCCGCUGGCAAGAAGAGCGUCCGCGACAAACACUCAAAGCUUCAGCCUGCUCAGGAUUUGCUCGACAAGCACGCGAGUCGCGACGAACGGCGAGCCCGGUCCAUGAAGAUCCCCUUCUCCAACGAGAAGAUCAUCAACCUGCCCGUGGAGGAGUUCAACGAGCUCCUGGCCAAGCACCACCUGAGCGAAGGCCAGCUGGCCCUCGUCCGCGACAUCCGCAGGCGCGGCAAGAACAAGAUGGCGGCCCAGAACUGCCGCAAGCGCAAGCUGGACACCAUCAUCAACCUGGAGCAGGGCGUCCACGACCUGAGGCGCAACAAGGCCCGCCUGCUGAAGGAGAAGAUGGAGUUCAUCCGCUCCAUCCGGCAGAUGAAGCAGAAGAUGCAGAGUCUGUACCAGGAGGUGUUCACUCAGCUCCGGGACGAGGAGGGCCGGCCCUACCCCCCCAGCGAGUACUCGCUCCAGUACAGCGCCGACGGCAGCGUGCUCAUCAUGCCCCGCGGCGUGACCACCGCCGAGCAGAACCGGAAGCCCGAGAAAAAACAAAAAGACAAAAAGAAGUGAGGGGGGUGGGGUGGGGGGCAAACUGCUGUUUAUUCUAUCACUUUGCUAAAUCAAUAAGAAAGAUUUCUGCAGAUGCGAGAGAGAUGUCCUUUUUUCCUUUAAGAAGAUUCUGGUGAGUAGAGUUGUUGACUACUCUUCCUGCGUUAGUUUCUCCCCUUUCAUUCUCGUCCUACAUUUUUUUUUCCCCCUGGAAACAACUCUGAAGCAGAAGUAGCUCCUCGUUUGAGUACUGAUAUUUCAUUAUUUAGACGGGGCGGGGGAAACGAUAAGCGAGGAGACGAGGGACGUGAAAGGACAUAAAAAUGAGCAAUUAAGAGAAGAAGAAAAAAAAUGAGCCGCUCUUCAUCCUUUUGCACCAAAACCGCUGAGGACGGAGAAGGUUUGUCGGGUGAAACGAGGGGACUCGUCUGGAGAACAAGAACACUGUCUAUGCACCGGAGGUUUUAAAGGACGGACCACAUCCCACCCUGGAGACUUUCACUGAUGUUUGUCACGUUUAAGUUGCAUCUACGGUUGUGAGAGUUCAGUUUACCAAAGGCUAAGAGGAAGUCCAUUAUUUUAGGGUGCCAUUAACACCUUUACUAACCAAAGGUCGUAUGGUGCACUUGAUCAUCUCUUACAUGCUCAAAACACUGGACUCCAAUUCUGUCGGUUUGUGUGUCGCAAAUUCCAGUUUUGUGGAGUGGGUCUGAGCUCAGAGAGGCCCUGAAGAGAGCGCCGGGUGGACGGGGGAGGAUUGAGACCAGAGGGAGUCAGAGGCUGGAGAGUUCCCGGGCUGGCCGCUGCUAAAAAAAAAAGAGGCCUGGAGGUGAAGUCCUGCAAGAGGAGCAGAUGGAUGUCUUAGGGAGGAGGCACACUGCAUUGCAAAAUGUAUCAACUUCCUUAUAAAUUAUACAUAGCACUGUAAUUUGUCUUUUAAAAGGCUUGGCUAUAUGCAUUUUGCCGUGUCUGUUGCUGUUCCUUCGCUGCAGGUUUAAAUACGGGAGCUGUGUUAAGGAAGGCUCUUAUUAACUGUUCAUAAUCUGUAGUAUAAGCAAGGUUAUAGGUCACAUCAGCUUUAUGUAAAACUCUACACUCUGUUUUUAUUUAAAUUGUCACGCCGAGCCUGUAAUCAUGAAGAGGAAGCUGCUGUGACGGGUCAGAUGUUCAGGCUGUCACAGUUAUGCAUCAUUUGGCGUUUUUCUUUUUCCUCUUGGACGCCUCGUGUUCGGCACUAACUUCAAACGGGCUCAGUCGUCUCUGGUGGAGCCAAAUCUCUUUUAUUUAACUUAUUUGCCAACGUUCCCCGACUGAAAGCCACUUGAGGUCAUUUUUUUUAAACUGCUGUGAAGCCCGAGGUGUUGGCUUAAACAUGAGUCCUAUGUUUGUUUUCUUUGUGUUGGUAACAAAGUGAGCCAAGUUGUUACAUGAGAUUUAAAAAAGAUAAGUUGUUUGAAUGCGUGAAAAGACGGUGCGUGUUGUGGCCACUUUGAUUUGAAAUGCCUUUAUUUCACCAUCUCAUCGUCUCACUUUAAAUGUUGUGAGAAGCGGAGGAAGAAGUGCUAUUACUCGUCUAUCUGAAUGGAGUUGUCAGUACGUGAACAGAGAAAUAAAAUAGGCGAGUUAGGCUCGAACGUUUAUAAGAGCAGAACAGAUGAUGUCCAAACAAUAGUUGUUGAAAGGAGAAAUGUCCUCAUUAAAUGUGAUAUUCAGGCAUGAAACUCUGGUUAACAUUGACUUCAACUAUCUAGUACUGCUACUACUUAGUGCACUUUUCUUUGUCUGUCUUGUUCUGUAAAUAUUUUCAUGUUUUGUGUUCGUCAUGAUUUAUGUCUCCAUGACGGUCUCACCCUCUGCUUUCAGUUUGGAUGUAGUUCCUUCUUGUUUUCAGAUAUUUGCCGGCAAUCAAGAAUUGUUUUUAUUGAUUAAUAAAGUGUUUUUAUUUUCACCCGGGA